AUGUCGAGCAUGAGACAAAGAGCUAUACAACAUCGUCUUGCAUUGAUGAAGCAUCACAGAGAGCUCCUCUCCUCUCAUAAGUUCUUUCACUACACACUCCGAGCAGAAAGAGAGAAAUUGCAGACUGUAAAGAAGGAUUUCGCGAAAACUGAAAAUGAAUUGAAGUUCCUCCAGAGUGUUGGCCAAUUCGUUGGUGAUGUUCUAAUGCCUCUUGACAAUGAACGCUUUAUAGUUAAAGUGUGUGGUAGACGAAGAUGUGUUGUUGGCUGUAGUAAUAAGGUGGUCAAGGAGAAGCUAACUGCAGGAACUCGGAUUGUGCUGGAAAUGACUACGCUAACCAUUAUGAGGAUUCUUCCUCGCAAAGUUGACCUGUUUGUGUAUAAUAUGCUUCGUAAAUAUCCAGUACAUGUUAGUUACUCUGUAGUUGGGGGGCUUUCAGAUCAGAUUCGAGAACUCAGGGAAUCAAUUGAGCUGCCUCUAAUGAAUCCUGAGCUUUUUCUUAGGGUUGGAAUCAAACCCCCUAAGGGUGUUCUUCUUUAUGGACCUCCUGGAACUGGGAAGACAUUAUUAGCAAGAGUAAUUGCCAGCAAUAUAGAUGUUAAAUUCUUAAAGGUUGUAGCUAGUGCUAUAAAUGUUAAGUAUGUUGGUGAAGGCGCAAGACUGAUUAGGGAAAUGUUUCGAUAUGCUCGCGAUCAUCAGCCUUGCAUCAUAUUCAUGGAUGAGAUUGAUGCUAUUUGUGGACGGCGCUUGCGUAAGGGCACAGGUGUUGAUCGUGAAAUUCAAAGAACCCUCAUGGAGCUGCUUAACCAGCUGGAUGGAUUUGAUCAGCUUGGACAGGUUAAAAUCAUUAUGGCUACAAAUAGGCCAGAUAUUCUUGAUCCAGCCCUUCUUCGCCGUAGUCGUCUUGAUCGGAAAAUUAAAAUUCCAUUACCAAAUGAACAGUCAAGGAUGGAAAUCCUCAAAAUCCAUGCUGCUGGAGUUGCAAAACAUGGUGAAAUUGACUAUGAAGCAGUUGUUAAGCUUGCUGAGGGGUUCAAUGGUGCUGAUCUUCGUAAUGUUUGCACUGAAGCUGGGAUGGCUGCAAUUCGUGCAGAACGUGAUUAUGUAAUUCAUGAAGAUUUCAUGAAGGGUGUCCGUAAAUUGAACGAGGCAAAGAAACUGGAAUCAAGCGCCCAUUAUAAUGCAGAUUUCGGGAAAUAUUAAAAGUCAAUUUGUUGUUGGCACAUCUGCU